AUGUCUAGCAUUACACUCAAGCUCUCGUCUCUUGUGAUAAGGACUCUCUCCAAACCCAUAGCGAACCAAAUCAAGGCCCAAGCUCGUGAACAUGAACGCUUUCGUCGGAUAUGCGUAUCCUUUGCGCAAGCAGUCCACCGCAUUGAUAUGCGGUUAAGACUCGGCUUGCUUCAGAACACUGCUGCCCUUGAAAAACAAGCUGCUCGCGAGGCGGCGGAGGCGCAGGCCAAGAAGAUAAAGCUCCAAACCCCCACCGUCAAGACGGAAGCACAGACAAAGGCAGAGGAGCUGCUUAAGGCAAAAGAAAAGGCUAGUGGUGGUGCUACAAAACCCCCUCCAAUUCCACGGAUUCGACCGUUGUCUGAAGGGAAAGCGAUCGAUAUGGGAGCCAACUUCAUCAGCGAAACCUUUCUUUUCCUCGUAGGAGGGGGACUGAUUAUAUUCGAGUCUCUCCGGUCCCGGAGAAAGGAGACAUCAAGGCGAGAAGACGUUGCCGAGCGUCUUGUCGAACUAGAAGAGUCAGAGAAUGCUGCUCGCGCUGCGCUGAUUGUCUUGGAGAAGGAGAUUCUUCGGCUACAAGCCCAGCUUGAGAAGCGUCCGGUGAAGGAAUUAAAGCGGGUUCUACCAAAGGAAAUAUGGGAUGCUGGCGAGGAGCCAGAACCGCAACCUGAGUCUCCAACACUUCUCACGACGCUCUCCUCCUACCUCCUGUGGCCAAAAUCAGGCAGCAAUAAUACCAAUAACCCCGGACCACAGACCCCAGCCCGAACUCCAUCCCAGCGAGAUGCGGGCUCACCAUCCAUGCCUCAACCGAGCAAGUAA